AUGUUCAAGUACCGGAUCCGCAUGUUCUUCAACGAGCUGAAGCUGCUGGUGUUGAUGCGGCGGGGCCGCCCGGAGCCCGAGCCCGGAGCCGGGGGCAGCCGGGGGGCGCUGGGAAGCGGCGGCUGCGGAUGGCCCCCCUUCGCCGACUGCUCGGCCCGGCAGGACGAUGAGGCCGAGUAUUACGGCGGGGGAGGCGCCGAGACCCGGCCCCGGAGUUUGGCCCUGGAAGAGAAGGAGCCCCGGCCUCAGCCCCCCGGGCAGCAGGCAGGCCAGCAGCCCGGAGCCGUCGGGGCUGGAGGAGCGUUGGACUCGGUGUCGCUCACCAGCAGCUUGGACAGUGGCAUGAGGACGCCGCAGUGCCGGAUUUGCUUCCAGGGACCCGAGCAGGGGGAGCUACUAAGCCCGUGUCGCUGUGACGGGUCCGUCCGCUGCACCCACCAGCCUUGCCUGAUUCGUUGGAUAAGCGAGAGAGGCUCUUGGAGCUGUGAGCUGUGCUACUUCAAAUACCAGGUCUUAGCCAUCAGCACAAAGAAUCCCUUGCAGUGGCAAGCGAUUUCCCUGACUGUGAUAGAAAAGGUUCAGAUCGCAGCCAUCAUUCUGGGUUCCCUGUUCCUCAUCGCCAGCAUCUCGUGGCUCAUCUGGUCGUCCCUCAGCCCGUCUGCCAAGUGGCAGCGGCAGGACCUGCUCUUCCAGAUCUGCUAUGGCAUGUAUGGCUUCAUGGACAUUGUCUGCAUAGGUCUGAUUAUCCACGAGGGUUCUUCGGUGUAUCGAAUAUUCAAGCGCUGGCAGGCAGUGAACCAGCAAUGGAAGGUACUGAACUAUGACAAGGCCAAGGACCUGGGAGAACCAAUUGGUGGGAGCACAAAGCCCGGAGGGCGGAAUUCACGGACGAACCCCUCCUCGGGGAGUGAGAGGACCUCCCAGCGGGGCCAGCGGGUUAGGACUAUUUUGAACCAUCACUGUGGUUAUACGAUUCUGCACAUUCUCAGCCACCUGCGGCCUAAUGAACAUCGUGGGGGCUCCAGUUCCAGCCGUGAGGUUGUCAUGAGGGUAACGACUGUAUAAUAACAGCCUACGGAGCCUUUGCCGAGAGGGAGAGGUUCCACGGUUCCCAUGGAAGGAAGAAGCCGACGCCUUCACUUCUGCACAGGCUCCAUUCUGAGCCCCGACGGGGUAGGCCGCACGCUGUACACUGUCAGGAGGCAUCUGGUUCUGUAGUUUUGCCGCAGACCGCACCCACCUCUUCCUCGUUGCAUUGGGGGGGAGUGCCUCAGCUUGGUUGCACCUUCCUACCCUCCCAUCAAUGUGAAUUUUUUUUCUCUCCAGGCCUGUGGUGAAAGGAGAGACGCUCCGCUCCCUCCUCCACCCAGCUUCUCUUGUAAGACUAAGCUCCUUGGAAGUGUGUGUGUGGGGGGUUUAUUUAUUUAAUUUUUUAAAAAACAACAACCCCUACCUGGUUCCUUCUCGACCAGUCUUGGCGCCAACCAGUCCAGAAAUUUGAAAACAUUUUUACCUCAUCUUUCAAAGGAAAUCCUGCCAGAAGACCCUGUUCCACCUCAUCGCCUUGGUUUCUCAGCCUAGGAGACGCCAACCAGAGAGGUUCCGAACUUUUUACCCAUUCCC